CUGGUCAUUAGCACCUGUGCCGCCUUGUCUUCCGUGCUCCCCACGCUCCCCACCCUCAGCGCUGCCGCUGAAGAAGCAUUCACAUUCAACAGGGUGUAACAACAAAAAUUAGAAAGAAAUUAGUUAUUUGUGAAUAUUAAAACUUCCAAUUCGAAUUCAAAAUGAGUAAAACCACUUCAAAUGUUAAAACUGAAACUGGCUAUCAACUCUUCAACAGAAUUCAUCUUCGACCUCGACUUGAUAAGUUACACUCAGCAAUUUUUACAAAUGGCCCAGCACCAAACAAAGUUAUUCAAAUCACUGGAGCUCCAAAUACAGGAAAGUCAAUGCUUAUUGCUGAAUUAAUAGUUAAUACAAUUUUACCUAAAAAAUUAUCUGAAGAAUUUAAAGAAUGCAGUGCAGUAUUAAUAAACACUGAUCAUCAAAUAUCAAUAAUACAAAUAAUUCAAAUAGCUGAGAGAAAAUUGUCAAUGUUAAACAUUCCAACUGAACUGCAUCAGGGAUUAGUUAGAACAUCACUGAAAAAGUUAACUAUUCUAAAUUGUUAUUGCAUCAGACAGUUGGAAGUUACAAUACUCAACUUGGAACACAUUUUAUCUCAGAACAUUGAUAUUGCACUGCUGGCAAUUGAUAGUUUGUCAGCUCAUUAUUGGUAUGAAAGAUAUGCAGCCACAUUUAAGAAUGAAAAUGAAUUAUAUAGUGUUAAUAAACACUGUGUGCAUUUGUUGAAAUCUUUAAAAGCUAUCAUUGAAGAUAGACACAUUGUUACAGUGUUUAGUAAAUAUGAAACUGAUUCAAGUCUAACAACAAUGAUAGAUUACACUGUGACAUUGAAAAAAGUCGAUUUUAAAAAUGAAGAAAAUAAGAAUCAGUUUUUGUUAGAAUGUUAUGACCAUGAAAAACAAACGAAAGUUGUAAAAUGUUAUGAAAUGGAGACACUCAUGUUGUUUCAAAUUGCAUGAUUGUAUGUACUACAUAUAACCUAUGUAAAAUAUGGUGUUUUCGCCGAUAAAAAACCUUUGAUGCGUACAAUUUAAUCAUUACUCAAACAUUUAUUGCAGCCAUUUUGUAUGUACAAAUACUUUAAUCAACGCUAAAUAAACGAGUGUGCCAACGGGA